AUGGCUCUUUCCCAGGAAUUGCUGACGUUCAGGGACGUGGCCGUGGAAUUCUCUCAGGACGAGUGGGACUGCCUGGAGCCAGCGCAGAGGGCUCUGUACCGGGACGUGAUGUUGGAGAAUUACAGGAACCUGGUCUCCCUGGGUGAAAUCGGUUGUUCUGACUUGAAUAGUAUCUCCAUUUUGGAACAAGAGAGAGAACCCUAGUUUAUGGAGAUGAAAAUUGCAACAAAACACAAAAAAACAAAUGGAUGGCACUAUAUCAAAGGUGUGAACACAGAUCUCUCUUCUAGCCGUAUGACCCAGGAAUUGCCGCCAAAUGAGAGCAUUAUUAUUAAAGAAGAAUUCCAGAAAACGCACAUUAGGGGAAAACCUUACAAGUCUCGUGAACGUAGAAAGACUUUCAACAAAAACUCAAAUGUCACUAAGCAACAGAGAGUUCAUUGGGGACCAAGACCUCACCACGAAUGUAAUGAGUGUGGCAGAGCCUUUAAUUCUCUUUCCAACUUGAUUAAGCACAAAAAGAUCCAUACUGGAGAGAAACCAUAUACGUGUAGUGUCUGUGGCAAGGCUUUUAGGCUCCGGACUGACCUGAGGAUUCACCAAAGAAUUCACACUGGAGAAAAACCUUUCAAAUGUAGUCAGUGUGACAAGGCUUUUAUCAAGCGUUCACAACUUCUGGGUCAUGAGAGAAUUCACAGUGGAGAGAAGCCUUACAAAUGUAACAAGUGUGGCAAAGCAACUUUUGUCACACCUUCAUACCUGUGGUAUCAUGAGAAAAUUCACACUGGCGAGAAGCCAUACCAGUGUAUGGAAUGUGGCAAAGCCUUUAGGCAACGGUAUGACCUCAGGAUUCACCAAAGGAUCCAUACUGGUGAGAAACCUUACAAAUGCAUUGACUGUAACAAGGCCUUUCGGCAGCGAUAUGACCUCAGGAUUCACCAAAGGAUCCAUACUGGUGAGAAACCCUACAAAUGUAAGGAGUGUGGCAAAGCCUUUACCUAUUGUUCGCACCUGACUCGACACCAGAAACUAUUUACUGAAAAGGAUCGGUACAGAUCUGUUGGUGCUUUUAUCCAAAGCUCAAACCUUGGGGGUCACGGCGAAAUUCAGAGUGAUGAGAACACUCACACAUAUAAUGAGUGUGGCAGAGACGGUAACUCCUUCUUGGACUUGGUUAAACGGAAGAGAAUCCAUACCGGAGAGAAACCAUGUACAUGCACUGUAUGUGGCAAAACGUUCAGGUGCCUGUCUGAAAUAAGGACUCACCAAAGAAUUCAUACGGGAGAAAAGCCUUACAAAUGUAACGAAUGUGGUAAGGCUUUCAUUAGACGCUCUCACCUUUGGAGCCACGAGAAAAUUCACACUGGAGAGAAACCGUAUAAAUGUAAUGAGUGUGGCAAAUGCUUUACCAUGUAUUCCAGCCUUUCCUAUCAUGACAGAAGUCAUACUGGAGAAAAACCUUACAAAUGUAAUGAAGAUAGCAAAACUUUAUCCCCGCGCGGCCCUAAGACGUUCCGACCCUGCUCGCUUCGCCGGCGGCCGGGCUUCGCGUCCAUUUCUGUGUAG